GCGGACUAUGCUAUGGAUGUAUGGGGACACCUGGGUGCUAGUUGUGUUGUAGGUCGUUACGUUGGUGGGGGCAUUCAAGGAAGUUUAUACUCACGACAAGUUUGCCUAUCCCUUCAUGUAUUAUAUUUUUAGGACUAUUGAGCAAGAGGUACUUCAUUCAAGGGGAUAUACUGGUGGCAGUAGUCUAGGAAACAUAUUUCGGUCUAUUACUCAUUUUUAUGUGUUUCUACACCUCAUUAAGGUUUAGCAGCUCGUUAGCUCUAUUCUUAUUCGUUGAACAAUUAAGUUGAAAAAAAAUGGUUCGUCGUCGCAUGGCUUCACCGAAACCGUCUCCGCCAGUACACCGUCGUACAUCAUCGUCUAUGUCUGCACGUUCUCCCCCGCCAGUACCGAUGCAGACAAAUUCGCCAGUAGCACCAAGUGCGACACCGCCUACACAAUUCGGUAUGGCACCGCCAUCGCGUGGGCCUGGAUUAAUGGGACAAAUGGCUGCAACGGCUGGUGGUGUUGCUAUCGGCUCAGCAGUUGGUCAUGCAGUUGGUAACAUGUUAACGGGGGGUGGUGGUCAUGGAAACAGCGAUGAAACUGCUGUAUCUGGAAAGCAGCAGAUGGAACAACAACAGCAGUAUAGAAAUCCAUGUGAAUUUGAGUGGAAGCAAUUUAUGGAAUGUACCGAGACACAGAAUGACCUCAGCUUAUGCCAGAGCUUUAACGAAAUUUUCAAGCAGUGCCGUGCAAAAAAUCUAUAAUCAAAUCGUAUUUCUAGCCGAUUCAGUAGUGAGCAGAGCUGUGAAAAGAAGAAAAAUUAUGGUGAAAUAAUAGUAUAAAUUUUCCUUCUCCGGUUAAUGUUUUUUGUCAGUACUUGAUUUAUAGAAAUUCUGGAAAUUAUUAUUUCUGUGCUUAUUUUAUAACUAGGACGCGGAAUAAAAUAUUUUUUCCG